AUGCACACUUCCUUUCUUUUCAACACCUUGUGGCCCAUUUUGGUCAUUCAAGCCGGAUUUCAUCCUACACGGGCGCAUCAGCAACUCAAAAGAGGAAUGAACCCAGCUUCCGGUUCUUCCGGUCAAACCACCAGCGUCUCGCACUCGAGCUUCAGCUCGAAUUGGAGGGCAUUGAUCAAAGAGUAUAUUGCCGUUGAUCUUACCUCCUUGCCAGGUCUUGAGACUUAUGCUGAAGAGUUGAAGAGUAACUGGGCGUCAACGUCGAGCUUCACUGGCCAAACCUCCAUGGAAACCACCAUUAAAAGUACCAAACUCAGUGGCUCAUGUGAUAGUCAUGGCUAUAUGGUAGUCACAGCCACUUCGCUGGUCACUCUUUCCACACUAUACACUCAUCUACAAAUUCUGCAAACAAAGUGCCAGGAGAAGGGAUAUACCAAGACAGUUUCGACCAUACAAUCCACAAAGACUCAAAUUUCCAAAGUGAUGUAUACUGUUGUCAAGCUAACAUCCACUUCAGACAUCAAUACAUGUGCUGUUGCCCCUUCAAAAUCACCUUACUGCGCUCCAGUCCAAUCCAACAUGGAUGGGUUGAGAUCAAAAUUUGCUUCUAUUGAGUUAUCUAUUACACAAGAGCGUGUGGAUAUAUCCUCAAAAAUAGAGAUUAAUUCCGGGACUUUAUAUCAGGACAGACCUCGUACUAUAGGGGAUGUUAUUGAGCUUUGCAGGGAAGGUCAUCAAGUAGCACAACUUGGAUGUCAAGGUGUCACCACCUCAAUUCCAGCACAAGGGCCUUCGGGUAUACAUUUUCCUUUCAACUCUAGCAGCAUGAAAACAAGUUUGAAAAAGUUCAUUCCAAAAGGAUGUCAAGCUAUCAAGUCUUGGGUUUCUAAUACCACUUUAAGUUAUCAAAAUGGCACCAUUCCCAGUGCACAAGGUAGUACAGCAAACUCUACCAAUGCAACCAUCCCAAUGCCUCUUCCAAAUAUUGAUGCUAUGAGCAAUGGAUCACCACUCCCUCCCAAAGAUCAGACAUCUUCAGCCUGUUCACAACGAUACGCAUAUACUGAUCUGAUGGUUCCUCAGCAAAUCGACUUUGUUGAUGUGUUGCUUCCGAUGGCAAUAAAGAACCUCUUACGAUAA